AUCCGCCCCUACAUUCAGGACUCCUGGGACAUGCGUCGCACGCAGUGACUCGAAGUGUGCCGUGCUCCAGACAGGCGGCUUGCGCACUAGAUUGUGCAAUUGCACCAAGCACGUCCCUUUUUGGUGAUUGAUAUAUGCCAUGCCUGUUAGAAGGGUGUGUGUACCUAGAUUUAGUGGCAGCUGCCGCUGCUUGCCCCAAGGUUUACUAGUGCUUGGAGCAGCUGGGGGGUAGGCCGACUGCUCUGUGCCCUGGGGUUUCACAAUCCUAGGCGUGCUCAAAAAUGUCCUGUUCUGUGUUGAAGGGAUGGGGCAUGGCGGAGUAGAAGGGCACAGUGUUUUCUUUCGUGGCAAGCAGACAUCAAAUGCCUUGCCUUUUUUUUCUUUUGAAGGCCGAAUAAACCCUUGGAGUCUACUGGAGUGUUGAGAAAAUCUAAUUUCUCUGUGUCCCCAAUGCUCGAUAGGUUAGCCAUAGCAACCUCUUGCCUGCAAUGGCAAGAGCCAUGGAACGGCUGCAGCUCUGCACAGCGUCACAUGAAGAGCGUAGAUUGAUGUCUGCAAUAUUACAGACUUCCUCCCAGACCAAUGGGUUUGAAUUUCUGGAGUCUAGUCGACCAGAUGUUUCCACGACAACCAAAUGGUUAGCUCCAAUUGUGUGGGAGGAUGCAUUUGAUUUGACUGUGAUUGACAACAUCUACAAACCACAGAAUAUAACCGUGGCAACCACUUUCUUCGCUCUGGGAAAGUAUGUACGUUUCCUGAAGGACGUCCUAGAAUCCGCGGAGCAGCACUUCAUGGUGGGCUACCGAGUGCAUUAUUACGUGUUUACAGAUCUCCCGGAUGAGGUUCCCACGGUAACACUGGGGGAGGGGCGUCAGCUGACCGUGAUAAAAACCUCAAGCUCGAACCGCUGGCAGGAAAUCUCUCUACGCAGGAUGGAGAUGAUCGAGAAACUCAUCGAAGACGAAGUCAUCAACAAGGCAGACUAUAUUUUCUGCCUCGACGUCGACUCCAAAUUCUAUGCUCAUUGGGGGGCGGAGUCUCUUGGUGACCUUGUCGGUGUGCUGCAUGCCUGGUUUUUUGGAACAUCUCGGGACCAGUUCACGUACGAGCGUCGCCCCGAAUCUCAAGCCUAUAUACCUUUUAACGAAGGAGACUACUACUACGGAGGGGCCGUGAUCGGAGGACGCCCCGACAAAGUGCUCAAGCUGGUGAAGACGUGCCGCAUGAAUCUGGAUGUGGACCGAGCCAAUAAGAUCGAAGCAGUUUGGCAGGAAGAGUCUCACCUGAACAAGUACUUCCUGUACAACAAACCCACCAAGGUGCUCUCACCUGAAUACCUGUGGGAUGAUAGAAAAGGGAAACCCAGCUUCAUGAAAGUGGUGCGUUUCUCACAGGUGGAGAAGAACUACGCUGAGAUUCGACCCAACCCUUAACUGGGUACAACGUUCCUCAGCAGGUUUGUCUUACACUCAGGUACUAAAGCUUUCACUCAGGAACGAAGACCUGUAAUUCUCCUCAUCUCACAGGUUUCAACCGCAGACCACACAGGACUCCUCCACAGACUCCAGACCUUGUUACCAAACACAACCCGUACAGUUCUGCCGGGUUUACACUGUACGACUUUUCAGUUGCUGACAAGUUUUGCAAAGUCACCGACUAGUUUUGCAAAAUCAAAGCAAAGCGAGUGAAAAUUGUGCAGUGUGAAUGACCAAAAAUUUGAUCUGACCGAGUCGUGCAGUGUGAAAGGAGUUCUGACUGAAACAUACUUCGGCGAUGACCUACAGCCAAUCAGAGAGCCAGAUACUGGGCAGCGGUCAGUUCGGGGAGGAGUUAUAGACCAGAAUAUAAGCAAGCAUGGCUUCGGUUGGAGCACAAUAUUAUAGUUUAACAGAGUUUGUAGGUUUUUAUCAGACAAAAAUGUCUCAAAUAAAUCAGAAAAAAUAAGCUUUACAAUUACAUCAAACAGAAAUAAAGCAAAAAUAUUUGCUUGACCAGCCACAUCAGCAGCAGCACAUUGCAAAAUUAUUAAUUAGUUUCAUUAUGCAGAACGCACAAGCCUUGUUUCCCGCACUGACCAUUUGGCUUGCAAACUUUUUGUGGGGUAACAUUUCCAGUCUCGCGCGAGAACUCUGACAUCACGUGUGAUCUUGCGUUAUUUCCUUAUUAUUACUUGUGAAACACGGUUUGCGGACCAGACAGAGUUUUCUGUUGUGUAGUCAUGCAGUGUGAAAGCUCCUGUUGCCGAGGCAUCAUGCAGUGUGAACACAGCAGCGACUGAAUGCUCCCCUGGAUAGUCGUGCAGUGUGAAAGCAACAGUGAUCCAAUGACUGUGAAAAUCGUGCAGUGUGAACCCGGCAUUAGGCACAAACUAGCGUUAUGGACAUGUCAACAUUCCUACAAUGGAACAUCACAGAACUAAAGGUUCCCAAAACUAUCAGAAUCAGGAGAUGCUUGUAUACCCAAAAUGAUCAGAUGUUAUGAUGAAAUAUAAACAAACAAAUCAACACAAUAAAGAAAAUGAUUAAAGGAA